GCUCGAGAAGAUCAGGAAGACGGGAAAGGAGGUUCUCGGCGGCAAGGUUGUUGCGUGAGCGUGUGUAUUGAUGUAGCAGUUACGCCUAUAGCCCGAAUAAUACGAAUAAUACGAAUAAUAUGUUGAAUCCAGUAAAUAAAUAAAACGAGCGAAAAGUUUUGGCCGUUUCCCGGGGAAAAGCCGAAAAGUCCUCGACAUGAAUGGACGAGGUGGGGAAGAAGGGGCUGCUGUGGUGGCACAUAGACUCUGUUGGAGGCAAUGACGAUGACGGAGCAUGGUGACAAGAGCCAGGCGCCCUGGAAGGUGCUGCAGCGGGACCCGUGUCUGUCGUUCAUCUGCGGCGGGGCGGCGGGGGCCCUUUCCCGGACAGCGGUAUCGCCCAUCGAACGGGUGAAGGUGUUGUUCCAGGUCCAGGGCGGCGGGGGCGGCAACGGGGGUGGCGGCGUGUCGUACGGCAAGGGCACGCUGGCGACGGUGGCGCAGAUCUACCGGGAGGAGGGCUACCGGGGUCUUUUCCGCGGAAACGGGGUCAACUGUGUCCGGAUCGUGCCCUACACGGCGAUCCAGUACACGGUGUACGAGGACCUCAAGGACAUGGUGACGGGCGGCGUGCGGCCGCUGGCGACGGGCGAGAAGCUGGCGUGCGGCAUGGCGGGCGGCCUGGCCAGCGUGCUGGGCACGUACCCGAUGGACCUUGUGAAGACGAGACUGAGCGUGCUGACGGCCCGCAGCUUGAAAGGCGUUGGCGGGGCCGGAGCUGCUGCCGGCACCGCUGCUGCCGUCGACCUCUCCAUGUGGGGGAACCUGCGCAGCAUCUACCUCCACGAGGGCGGGCUGCGGGGCCUGUACCGGGGGUUUGUCCCCACCAGUCUCGGCGUGGCGCCCUACGUGGCACUCAACUUCGCCCUCUUCGAGCGCAUGAAGGAGGCCGUCGCCCAGACGUGGCCCGCCACGCACAAGAGCCAGUCGCCCGCAGCAGAGACCGCCGUCGUGCUUCUCGUGGGCGCCCUCAGCGGCGGCAUUGCCCAGUCCCUCGUGUACCCGUUCGACAUCCUCCGGCGGCGGUUCCAGGUCGCCACGAUGAACGACGGCAGCCUCGGCUUCAGCUACACGGGCACCUGGGACGCUCUCACACACAUUGUGCGUCGGGAGGGCGUCCGCGGGCUCUACAAGGGCUGGGCCGCCAACAUGUUCAAGAUCAUGCCCAGCAUGGCCGUCCAGUGGGCCAGCUACGACCUCAUCCGCCGUCUCGUUGCCGCCUAGGCCCCGCCACCGCCCCCGAUGUACAUAUCUGUA